UUGUUUAAUUGCUUAUUAAAAUUAAAUAAUAUAAUGGGAAAGCUAUUUAUUGUUCUUUUAUCUUUUGCUUUUGUUUUGGUUGGAAUUCUAUACAGAGAUUCACUUCAAAUUUACUUUAAUAAUUUUAUACAAAACAGUAAGAACUUUUCCCAAGGAAAGUCUAUUUACACUCCAGAGCAGUUAUCUAAAUUUAAUGGAGUUAGUGGUAAUCGGAUGUACUUAGCUAUACUCGGCACUAUAUUUGAUGUCAGUAAAGGAAUAAAACAUUAUGGAGAUGGCUCACCAUAUAAUUAUUUUGUUGGAAAAGAUGGUUCACGAGCAUUUACUACGGGUGAUUUUAAGGAUGAAAGUACUAAUAAGGAUCACAUCUUGGACUUGACUUGUGAUGAAUUAUUGGUAUUGCUAAACUGGAAAAAAACAAUGAAAGAAAAAUAUAGAUAUGUUGGUAAAGUUAUUGGAAGAUAUUUUGACCAUAAUGGAAAGGAAACAGAAUAUAUGAAUCAAUUUAACGAUAGGAUAGAUCUUUGUAAACAACAGAAGGAAAAAGCUAAGCAAGAGGAACAGAAAUAUCCUCCAUGUAACAUAUCCUGGAGUGCUGAGGAGGGCACUACUGUCUGGUGUACUAAAUCAAGUGGUGGGAUAACAAGAAGCUGGACUGGUGUACCUAGACAGCUUUAUACACCAGGAAAAGAUAAACCACACUGUGUUUGUGUCAAUAUAACAAAUAAUAGUCAAGCAGCAUUAUUCAAAGAAUAUGAUAAUUGUUCUAGUACUUCUACAUUAUGUCAUAUCAGAGACUGAAAUAUGUACAUACUUAACUGUUAUUGAUUGGACUAUGAAGUUGUGAUAUUGUUGAAAUUGUUAACUGGUUGUUUGGAUUAACUAGACCAUUAAUAUAUGUGUCAUGCAAGUGCAGUAUUGUGUAAAAAAUAUUAUUUUAUAUUGUAUUCUUUAUAACUGUAGACCUAGCAAUAGUGUUUUAUUAAUUAAGUAUUGUUUUAGUAAACUUAAUAAGAACUGUACAUUCC